AUGCCGCCAAAGGCUGAAAAAAAACCUGUAUCUUCAGCCAUUAAGGCAACAACUUCAAAAGCGACAGUUGAAAUGAAAGAACAGAAACCAGUAGGCGAAAAAGGCAAAAGGAGGAAGGCUAGAAAAGAGACCUACUCCAGUUACCUCUACAAAGUGCUCAAACAAGUUCACGCAGACACUGGAAUUUCUAACAAGGCAAUGUCGAUCAUGAACUCCUUCGUGAACGAUGUCUUUGAACGUAUCGCGACCGAAGCUUCUAAGCUCGCCGUCUACAACAAAAAAUCAACCAUCUCGUCCAGAGAAAUCCAAACGGCUGUUCGUCUUAUUCUUCCUGGUGAAUUGGCGAAACACGCCGUUUCUGAAGGCACUAAAGCGGUCACUAAAUAUACCAGCUCCAAAUAA